AUGGGAAGUAGGAACGCCACAGUUAUUGAAGAAUUCAUCCUCCUCGGUUUUGCCGGCCGCCCCCAACUGGAGAUGGUCCUCUUUGUGGUCCUGUCUCUGAUCUUCUCGUUGACCCUCUUUGGGAACCUCUCCAUCUUGGCCCUGACCUGCCUCGAUUCCCGCCUCCACACCCCGAUGUACUUUUUCCUCAGCAACCUGGCCUUCUUGAACGUCUGUUACACAUCAGCGGUGGUCCCCAAAAUGCUCGUCAACUUUUUGGCGGCGAGGAAGUCCAUCUCUUAUCAUUUCUGCAUGGCGCAAGUGUACAUCACGCUUUUCUUGGGGGCGGCGGAGUGUUUUCUGCUCAUGGUGAUGGCGUUUGACCGCUACGCCGCCAUCUGCCACCCUCUCCACUACACGACUACGACGAUGAUGAACAAGACCGUCUGUGUCUCCCUCGCGAUCAGCGCAUGGGUUGGCAGCUUCCUAAUCUCAGUGGCUCCUUCCUUUGCCCUGAAACGAUCUCUGUGCAACCUCAUCAUAGACCACUUGUUCUGCGAGGCCCCUGUCCUGUUUCAGCUGGCGUGUCCUGGACAGGAUCUCUCAAAGAAUGAGGCCAUGAUGGUGACGGGUAGCGUGUUCACUUUGCUCCUCCCGCUUGUCAUGAUCCUGUUGUCUUAUGUCCGCAUCGUGGCGGCCAUCUUGAGCAUCUCCUCCGCCGACGGUAAGCGGAAGGCCUUCUCCACUUGCUCCGCCCACGUCACCGUGGUGACCAUCUACUACGGGAGCGGCAUGUUUACGUACAUGAGGCCUCAGUCCAGCAAUUCGGCUGAGAAGGACAAGCUGAUUUCUCUCUUCUAUUCCGUGAUAAACCCCAUGUUGAACCCAAUUAUAUACAGCCUGAGGAACAAAGAUGUCAAAGAAGCCCUCCUGAAAGUGCUGGGGAAGACCAAAGGGUCCCAGUAG